GCUCCAGUUGGAAACUCUCUCCUCCCUGACCUUUCUGCCCCACUCUGUCCCUUCUUCUGGCAGGUGCCCGUCGCUGCGUCGCAGGGCUCUGAAGAUGUCAAACAGCAACACAGCGCAGGAGUCCCUGGAAAUAAUGAAGGAGUCAGAAAAAAAGGUGGUUGAGGAAUCCGUGAGCAAAACCAAAUACGUAUCCAGGUCACCCAGCAAGGAGGAGGCUGAGAAGGAUGGGGGGGAGGAGGUCAGCGUGCGUCAGGAAGCUCAGAGACGGACGUCGGGCCACGGACAUGCCAGAAAAAGAGCCAAGUCUAAUUCAAAGCUUAAGCUGGUCAGGAGCUUGGCUGUGUGUGAAGAAUCGUCCAGCCCCUUUGUAGAUGGGCUGCUGGAGUCCCAGGACAUCAUUCAGUUGCGUGUUAGCUGCCCCUCUGACAAGGAAGAGGAAAAGUCCACGAAAGAUGGGGCUGAGAAAGAAGAAAAAGAAAAGAACAAAGACAAGGCACCAAGGAAGAUGCUGUCUCGAGAUUCCAGCCAGGAAUAUACAGACUCCACUGGGAUAGAUUUGCAUGAGUUUUUAGUAAAUACACUGAAAAAAAACCCGAGGGAUAGAAUGAUGCUGCUAAAGUUAGAACAGGAGAUUCUGGAAUUUAUUAGUGAUAGCAACAAUCAGUUUAAGAAGUUCCCUCAGAUGACCUCAUACCACAGGAUGCUGCUGCACCGGGUGGCUGCCUACUUUGGCAUGGACCAUAAUGUUGACCAAACUGGGAAGGCAGUCAUUAUCAACAAGACCAGUAACACACGAAUUCCUGAGCAGAGGUUCUCUGAGCACAUCAAAGAUGAGAAGAACGCAGAGUUUCCCCAGCGGUUUAUCCUAAAACGAGAUGAUACCAGCAUGGACCGAGACGAUAAUCAGAUCAGACUCCCCUUGCAGGAUGGGAGGAGGAGCAAAUCUAUAGAAGAGCGAGAGGAGGAAUACCAGCGGGCCAGGGAGCGGAUAUUUGCACGAGAGACUGGCCAGAACGGAUAUCUCACCGACAGCAGGGGCAACAGGGACGCUUUGAACCGAGCCUCAGGCAGCCGCCAGAGCAGCACAGAGAGUGAGAUAAAGUCACUGGAGCCUCGGCCGUGGAGCAGCACAGACUCAGAUGGCUCCAUCCGCAGCCUGCGGCCGCCCGUCACCAAAGCCAGCAGCUUCAGUGGCAUCUCCAUCCUGACACGGGGCGACAGCAUCGGGAGCAGCAAAGGCAGCACUGCCAGCAGAGCAUCCCGGGCAGGUCUGGUUCUCGGUGCCCCUGAAGCGUGCAGCCAACCCCCUUCAUCGCAGCCCAGCCGCGGGCUCCUUCCCUGCGCAUCCCAGCAGCCUCAACCACCGCCUCCCCAGCAGCCCCCCCCGCAGCCCCAAGGCCUUCCCCCCACACCGCAGCAGCAGCCAGCCAUCAGUAACCACAUGAUGUCUCAGCCGGUCCCAGCGCUGCAGCCCGUUCAGUAUUCUCCAAGCUCCUGCCCCCAAGUCCUCUUGCCAGUCUCUCCACCCCAGCAGUACAACAUGGCUGACGAACUCAGCAACCCCUUUGGGCAGAUCAGCCUCAGCCGACAGGGCUCGACGGAAGCACCGGAUCCUUCCUCGGCCAUGUUCCAGUCAUCCCUCAUCUCCCAGCACCCUCAGCAGGCCGGAUUCAUCAUGGCAACCCCUGGGCAGCCCAUUCCCACCUCCAACUACUCAGCCUCAGGGCACACGGUCCCCACGCAGCAGGUGCUGCAGCCCCAGGGCUACAUUCAACCUCCCCAGCAAAUUCAGGUUUCUUACUACCCUCCCGGGCAGUACCCAAACUCCAGCCAGCAAUACCGAUCUCUCAGUCACCCAGUGGCCUACAGCUCUCAGCGCACGCAGCAGCUCCCCCAGCAAGCCCAGCAGCCUGGUUUACAGCCAAUGAUGUCCAACCAGCAGCAAACGUACCAAGGUGUGAUGGGAGUGCAGCAGGCACAAUCCCCCGGGCUCCUCAACAGCCAGAGGAACAGCAUGGGGGGCCAAAUGCAGAGCGUGAUGGGGGUGCAGCAGACGCAGCCCCCCAGCCUCCUCAGCAGCCAGAGGAGCAGCAUGGGGAGCCAGAUGCAAGGCCUGAUGGUCCAGUACACUCCACUGCCUUCGUACCAGGUUCCCGUGGCCAACGAGUCCCAGAGCGUGGUCCAGCAGCCCUUCCAGCAGCCGGUGCUCGUGCCGGCCAGCCAGUCUGUGCAGGGGGGGCUUCAGACCGGAGGCGUACCCAUCUACUACAGCGUCAUCCCCCCCGCCCAGCAGAAUGGCACCAGCCCUUCGGUGGGGUUCCUGCAGCCGCCGGGCUCUGAGCAGUACCAGAUGCCACAGUCUCCCUCACCCUGCAGCCCGUCGCAGAUGCAGCAGCAGUAUUCAGGGGUUUCCCCGUCAGGCCCCGGCGUGGUUGUGAUGCAGCUGAACGUCCCCAAUGGCCCCCAGCCCCCCCAGAGUGCCCCUGUGGUGCAGUGGAGCCACUGUAAGUACUACAGCCUGGAGCAGCGGGGGCAGAAGCCAGGAGACCUGUACAACCCAGACACCAGUGCUCAGGCCGGCACCCAGCUGAACAGCCCCAUCACGUCCCCCACCCAGUCCCCGACGCCGUCUCCCGUCACCAACCUGAACAGUGUCUGCACGGGGCUGAGCCCCCUCCCCGUCCUCACGCAGUUCCCCCGGCCCAUGGGCCCGGCACAAGGUGACGGCCGUUACUCGUUGCUGGGCCAACCGCUGCAGUACAACUUGUCCAUCUGUCCCCCACCGCUGCUCCACAACCAGCCCAACUACAGCGCACACCAGGGACAGAGUGGGAUGAAACACGGGAACCGGAGCAAGAGACAGGCCCUCAAGUCAGCAUCCACCGACCUGGGGACGAGCAAUGUAGGCAAGUGACCUUCCUUGGGCAGCCCUCCCCAUCCCCUCCGCAUGGCACCCCCGGCCCCCACGGGCUCCAGAUGCCGUCUCUGCCCUCCCAGAAUCCCACAGAUCCCAGAGCAGCCAGCACACGGGGCUCCAGAUUUGUCCUUGUUGCUGCCACGGCCCUUUAAGAGCAGCUCUUGGGGCUGCCCCCACCCCCCUCCGUGCAGCUGGCGUGUUCAUUACGUGCUGUGUUAAUAUUAGCAAAGAAUCCACCCCGCCGGCCCUGCACUAAGCCUGGGGGCUGGGGCUGGAGCCAGGAGGCAACAGAAGGGUUUGGGUACCAGCGGCCAGCCCAGCCAGCUGUAUUCCUCCUCCUUGGGGGGUGGGGGGGUGGGAAAAGCCCUAAGGG